AUGGCAUACAAUCAUGAGACAAAUAAACGCCCUUCUAAGAGUUGCUGUGAGAAGAUACAUGAAGCCAUAUUUGGUAGAUCAAAGAGAAACGAUGUUCAAAAUCCUUCAAUGUCAAGCAAUGAUUAUCACUCCACUGUCAAACCGCAUGUUUCCUCUACCCUACCCCAGUCUGUUCCUUGUGAGAUAAAAACCUCUAAACACUUGGUUCGCUUCUCUUCAGAUAAUGCUGAAAACAAUGGUGAUUCUGGUCAGAAGACUUUCAGUGAGGAUAAAUACAAUAGUUAUAUUGAUGGCACGAAGAUGAAGAUGGGGGGUUCUUCUUCAGAUGUUGUUGGUGGUGGUGAAACGAGUGUCUCUAGUGCAGACAGCUUCAAUGAUACAGUCUCUAGUUAUAUUGACCGUACAAAGCUCAAGUUGAUUGCUAGACCAAGUGUGAGUGCUGUUGGAAUGACUCUAAAACCAUAG